AUGCUCUGCGCCCUAUGCUCUGCACCCCAUGCUCUGCGCCCUAUGCUCUGCGCCCCAUGCUCUGCGCCCUAUGCUCUGCGCCCCAUGCUCUGCGCCCUAUGCUCUGCGCCCCAUGCUCUGCGCCCUAUGCUCUGUUCCCCAUGCUCUGCGCCCUAUGCUCUGCGCCCCAUGCUCUGCGCCCUAUGCUCUACGCCCAUGGCCCACCCUUUCUCCCCCUCAUCCCUACUUCACCGCAUUCCCCUCCCUGCUUCACCUCAUUUCCCUCACUGCUUCACCUCAUUUCCCUCCCUGCUUCACCUCAUUUCCCUCACUGCUUCACCUCAUUUCCCUCCCUGCUUCACCUCAUUUCCCUCACUGCUUCACCUCAUUUCCCUCCCUGCUUCACCUCAUUUCCCUCACUGCUUCACCUCAUUUCCCUCCCUGCUUCACCUCAUUUCCCUCCCUGCUUCACCUCAUUUCCCUCACUGCUUCACCUCAUUUCCCUCCCUGCUUCACCUCAUUUCCCUCACUGCUUCACCUCACCUCCCUCACUGCUUCACAUCAUUUCCCUCACUGAUUCACCUCAUUUCCCUCACUGCUUCACCUCAUUUCCCUCCCUGCUUCACCUCAUUUCCCUCACUGCUUCACCUCAUUUCCCUCCCUGCUUCACCUCAUUUCCCUCCCUGCUUCACCUCAUUUCCCUCACUGCUUCACCUCAUUUCCCUCCCUGCUUCACCUCAUUUCCCUCACUGCUUCACCUCACCUCCCUCACUGCUUCACAUCAUUUCCCUCACUGAUUCACCUCAUUUCCCUCACUGCUUCACCUCAUUUCCCUCCCUGCUUCACCUCAUUUCCCUCACUGCUUCACCUCAUUUCCCUCCCUGCUUCACCUCAUUUCCCUCCCUGCUAUCUCUGUUUGUACCCUCCUGCUUCCCUUAUUUUCCCCCCAGCUUCCCCUCAUUUCCCUCCCCCCACCCCCCCCGCUUCCCCUCAUUUUCCCCACUGCUGGCCCCUCAUUUCCCGCCCUUGCUUUCCCUGGUUUCCCCCCCUGCUUCCCCUCGUUUCCCCCCUUGCUUUCCCUUGUUUCCCCCCCUGCUUCCCCUCGUUUCCCCCCUUGCUGUCCCUCUGAAGUGA